UUGAUCACGUGACUUUGUCACCUGGUUCAUCAUGGCGGCAUCCACGGUUGACGCUGUGAAAGACGAACAAAUUCAAGGUGUGGAUAGUCCGAAACUAGCGAGGAAAACAAUCAAUGAGAUCUCUGAUGUAGAAAAAAAUGGAGUUCCAUUAAAUACAUCAUGGACCUUUUGGCUUGACAAAGCUGUACGAGGAACUUCAGCAGCAGAGUAUGAGGCCACACUGAAAAAAAUUUACACAGUCAAUACUGUACAGGGAUUCUGGAGUGUGUACAACAAUAUUCCAGACCCUAGCUUGCUGAGUCCUCGCUACAGCUAUCACUUGAUGCGCAGUGAGAGACGUCCAAUAUGGGAGGAUGAGGAAAACUCACAGGGGGGAAACUGGCGACUAAAGUGUAGCAAAGCUGAUACGUCAGUGGUGUGGAAGGAGUUGCUUCUGGCAGCUAUUGGGGAACAGCUGUCAGACUGCAUGGCUGAAGGGGAUCAGGUCAGUGGCAUCAGCAUCAGUCUCAGAGAUCGUGAAGACAUUGUGCAAAUUUGGAAUGUGCGAGCUGACUUGGAGAAAGAGUCCACUAUUCUAGAAAAAAUCCAGUCUUUAGUACCAACAGUAAAAUUCUCAACUGCCUUUUAUAAACCAUUUGUCAUGCAUGAUGCCUUUGAAGGCACCAAAAGACGAGGAAGCAGACACUGACAACCAGAAACCAUAAAAAUACACCAAGACAUCAAAGAUAGUGGAGCAGGAUUUCUAGAUCUCUGUUUCCACUCAAAUAUUUUCUCUGGAUGUGCUACUAUUGUGUCUGGUCAUUUUGCCACAACAUAGUCUGAGUUUCUACUUGGUGUUAAAUACCAAUAAACCAAGCAAGUAAGAAAGCACCAAUGGCAUUGACUUGAGAGUCAUUGCUAAGAAAACCUCAGGAUAUAUUUCACUUCCAGUAGCUUCUCAGAGUAUAUCUCUUUGAAUGUGACUUUGUUGCACAGCUUGACACAGAGACUAUGCAGAGGUAUGAAAUGCAUCAUGUGACAACAGCAGUGUCAAAUUUGUGGAAACAUUUUUUCAGCAUUUGUAUUUCCUUGCAAGACUGGAAAAUAACAACAAUCAGGAGUAUUUUUCUUAGUCUGAAAUGAAGUUUAUCACAACCAAAAGACACCUAAUUAUGCAGUAUGUUCUUUAAGAACUGUGGAUCACUGAGAUGUUAAAUUGCAGGGGAUCUUAGCUAUUGUUAUGAAUGGGCUUUAGGCAUCUUGCUAUCAACAAAAUGGGUAUUCUGAUAUCUAGGAUAUUGUGUUUGAACAAAAUUAAUCUGAUGAAUCUAUCAAUUAUUGGGAGUAGACAUGGCUGUUCCUGAAUCUGGACAUUCUCAGAGCUGACAGUUCUUUCCCCAGAACUGAUUACUGAUUGUUGGGGUCAUUGAAGGAGCUGAACAGUUUAGCGAGCAGAAGAAUUUGAGCCUUUUAUUUUUAAGAGUAUAGGCAACAAAACAUUUUUGCACUUUUUGUAAAUUAUUUCACUAGCAUGUGUGCCUUAUGUAAAGUAUAAUGAAGGCCAAUGUAAAGGUGAUAUUGAAAUAUAUUUUGUGUUUGUAAAGACUUUUAUCAGCAAUGUUUAUAUAGAGAUUUUCUAAAUGCUUAUCUGAGAUUUUAAACAAUAUACCUUAUUAGAAAAGUGGGAGUCUUUAGCUUUUCUCAGAUACACAAAAAAAUAGCUAAGAAAAUGUUAUUUAGGUAUUUUCUUUUAAUGGUAGCAGAUUCUAGAGAGUCACUUGUGUUUGAAUAUUUUCUACACAUGCAUUACUAAGCAGAAUUUACAACUAUCCUCAUGUUUAGAUAGAAACACACUCAAAUAAUAACAAAAUAUAAACCAAUGAUGAUAGUAGUUACAAUAAAUGUAAAAUUGAUUUAUUUGCUUGGUUUUAGAAGUGAAGGCUGUCUUGAAAUCUCUUCAAGAUCAUGUAUUUAGCCUAUGACUUUUUUUUUCAUACUAUUGAAUUGAGGUAACUUUGUUUAUAUUUGUUCAUAUUUACCCUUCAGACUUCUGAUUUAUCAAAUGAUUGUUUGCAUUAUCUUUAAUACUGCUCAUGGAAACUGCACCCAUCAUAGUGGCCAGUUUUUUCUCCAGUUGGUAAUAUAGAUUUGCCCACUAUUGUCAGCCAUCUGAAAAAUCUGUAUGAAGGAUGACACUUUCCUCUUGAGUUCUAGUCCAGAUAUUGUACAGCAUCAUAUCAGCUUCAGCUGUUCUCAUCUGAGCAGUGACAUAGGAAGAUGCUUGGCUUUUGGGGGGCAAACUCAAUGCAGACAGUGAACAACGUUCACAUUCUUGUCCCCUGAGUAUAUAUUUUGUUUUUUAGGGAGAGGCUGGAACCCCUUGGCCCCCUUUACUGAGCUUCAGUUCUUGUCUACAAAGACUUUAAGAGCCAAACAUUCUCAGACAGACCUGUGAGUUGUUCUGUGAGUUGUUCAAAAUCACCAGGAUAUUAUUGCUUAAAUUUCACAAAGGGAAACCAGAGGGUGUAAUCAUGAUGCAGAGGUGGUUACCUCAGGUAUGACUAUGAACCAGAAGUGUCGCAGGGCCUUGUAUUGAAAACAGGCACAGACUGAGAAGGUUGAUAGAUAGCAUAAACACUCCAAUCUUUUUGUAUAGUGCACAGUCCAUAGCUAUAGAACCUGCUAGUGCUGUAGCUAAUGAAAGACACCAAGCUUAGGGCAAUAUUUGAAGAUCUAAUAAAAGCUAUCCACUUUAUGGCAGCAUCUAGACUUUGGACAUGACAGCCAUCAAAAAAAGGAGAAAAAUAAGGUAAAAAUAACUCUGGAUCAAUUUUGGUUCAUAAAUGCAUCCCCUGAGGAUUAAUUUUCAUGUUCUACUUUUUUAUAAUUUACUGUUUAUGUGAUACUAUAUGAACUGUUGUAACUAGUUUUUGUAGCAGAUGAUAGGUUAACCAAAAACAAUCACCUCCCCAGUAUCGCAGUUGUUUUAACAUUUCUUCCUUCAAAGUAUCCUGCAAGUUUGGCUGACAAACAGCAUAUUUUCACAAUUUUUUGGAAAGCAGAUUUUAUAGAUUUUUUAGAAAAGAAUAACGAUUUGACAAAUGCAAGAAAUAUUUUAAUGAUCAGUUGUUCAUACUUUUAUCAUUACUAAAACACAAAAGACAGGAUAUGCAGAUGAAAAGUUGUAAACAUUUUAAUUUUAUUUCUUUUCUGUAUCUAUUUUCUAAUGUAAAUUCCAUUUUAAGAAUAACUGAGCUUAUUUAUUAACAGUCCAGAAUUGCAUUCUUUGUUCUCCUAUAUUUACAUUGGUAUUUGAGUCAAGCUGUGCUUGUUGAAACAAAGUUUAAAAAGAGUAUUUUAGAUUAAUAAUACUAAUUUAUUUGUAUAGCAUGGUUCAGUGUAUGGUCAAGAUGUUUUGUAUUGCAUAAAAAGCCACUCAUACAGCAGUUACCAACAGUGAUUGAUUUCUUGGCACUAAUCGGUGUGCCAGCUAAGGGGUAGUUAAAUGUCUUUCAAUGUCUUCAUGCUUUUCAUGGAUAAAGCAGUUGUUACUUGAAAUAUAUGUUUUUAAUCUGAAAAAAUUGUUAGUCUUUCUUUAUUACUUUUUUUAAAGCUUUUAUUCUUAAGGCCUAAUUCAUUUGUUCAGUCCUUCCUGAUGCAAACAAUACACUGAUGAUUAAAGUUUAGUAGUCGUCUGUCCCAGUUUUUUAUUAUAAACAUAAGCUUACAUAGUGAAUAGAAUUUACAAAUACAAACACAUAUACUUGCAUCUAUGUACACACCUGCACACAAACACACACACACUCUCUUAGUUACGGGUGUCAAUUUUGAAAGUAUUUGUUAUCAAACAUGCAGUAUAAUCACUGUAAAUAGUAAAGGACAGUGUAGUUUUGUGUGUGUAUGUGUGUGUUUGCUUGCACGCAUGCCGAUGUGAUACAAGGAAGAAAAGAAAGAAAUGUUCAAUCAUAAAUAUCGUUUAUUACAGUGAAAUUUAUUGCUGACUUUGUAAUAACAGCUUUGUGCCAAAUAAAAGUCACAACAAUGAAAUCAUAAGAUUUUUUUCUUUUCUUGUAUAAGUUUAUAAGAUAAGAAAAAAAUGACUUACAAUUGAUAUGCCUAAUUCCAAGUCAACUGCCAUUUAGCUAGCAAUUGUGCACGAGGUAAGAUUUUACUUUAGUGAGAUCAGAACUGGUUGUAUGUCAAGAUAUCUUUUGACUUAUUGCUCAUGAAUCGAUUCUCUCUCCAAACUUCAAAAAGCUCUUAAUAACUGAUUGUUUGUAUAUAUAUAUAUGAGAGAGAGAAACAGAGAUGUUGUGGCCCUUUUUUUUUUCCUACCUUCUCUCCUCAAGUUGUUUGUGCUACUGCCUUUAUAGACUUCUGUAUAUUUUUGCUGCAUUUAAAUCUCAAGUGCUUGUGAAAUGAAUGAUUCAGCUUACUGUAGAUGGUAAGCACACUGAUGAAUUAUUUGGCUUAUUGAUCACAUUUUUUUAUUUUUUCCAUUCAUUUAGGUUAAAUCUGUGUUUUGUGCAAAUUUCCAGUAUCUUUCUUUAACAAAUCACCUAUAUUCUAAGACUGCUACAUACCAUGUUUGUCCUUAAAUUCUGCUUUUGUCACACUAGUCAUGUUUUUAAAAGUUGUAAGCAACGCAGAGCUCUAAGAAAAUGCAACCAGAUUGUUAUGUUCCGCUGAGGUUGUUUUUGUGUUUUAUCUGUGCUGCAUAUAGUGCCCUUCCUUACGUCCAUAAGUGGAUAGAUUUAAAUCCUGAGGGCUUUGAUACACAGAAUACAUUUUUUUUAGGGGUUUCAUGUGAUAAAGGAAGGCAUUUUAGGAAAGGUAAGUUAUUUAUUACAAUUUUAUUGUCUAGUAUGGUUAUUAAGUGUUUUGCAUUUCAUCUUCUGUUCAGUCUGAUGUAUAGCUUUUGAAGCCUUUUUAUGGGUAUUGAAAUUUCUAAAUAAUUUCAAUGACCAGAAUAAGUAGUACUCUUUCAAGAGGAGAAAAAGGUUUAAAAAAAGUAUAAGAUUUGAAAGUGCAUGAUCAACUCCACAGCUAAAUUGUUUUUAUGGUGCCUCUUUUUUUCCCACACAAACAUUACUUUGGAUAAAUAAUUAUUUGCUGUGAUGUAUACCAUGGUUUUUGCUUUUGAAAUUAGUUUUUUAAUAUGUUUAUCAUGCUUUAAAUGUUUAUUGUUUUGAGGAUUUUUUUAUAAAAACAACCAGAAAAAGUGGGGUUUGUGCACUAAUGUGAUCACCAGUAACAUCAGAAGUUGAAGCCAGUCUGAGUGUGCUUCUCUAAGAAUAAAUUAAUAUAACUUACAAUGCAUUUUGGUAACAAAUUACAGAUUUGUGUUCUGUUAAAUGGACAGAAACUGUGGACAAUUUCAUAUCUGACUUGGGUGAGCCUGUAAUUGUUGUAGUGAUCUGAAAUUUAAAACAAAAUUUAGUACACAGAUGCUUGAACCUCUAUAAACUAAUAAAAACAUAUCUGCUUUGUUUCCUUAA